AUGGAAGGCCCCUUAGCGACGCUCAACGACUCGGACCGACACAGUGCCUGCGGGAAGUUGCCGCGGGACUGGAUGGGGGCUGCGGCCCGGCUGAGGUGUGCUGAGGGGACCCUGCAGAUGUGGGAAGCCCCCAGCCGCUUUCCUCCUCGGUAGCCAGCGGGCUCAGUGUCCCCCUCGCGUAGACCCUUUUCGCAGGGGAAAGGCGUAUCAGGCCGGCUUAGCUCUUGGGCAGGCUGAUAAGGCGGCAUUGGCAAGAUGACUUCUGGGCUGAGGACAUCAAGCUUCCCUGCCUGGAAGCGGCAUAUCCUGAACGAACUGAGGCGACGGGACCGAUUGCAGAGACAAGCCUUUGAAGAGAUCAUCUUGCAGUAUAACAAGCUCCUGGAGAAGUCAGAUUUCCAUACAGUGCUGGCUGACAAGCUGCAAGUGGAAAAAUUUGACUUACCAAGCCGGCAUGAGAUCAGUCCAGGACAUGAUGGUGCAAGGAAUGAUGCCCACUUGCAAGAAAUAGCCCAACUAAGAAUUAAACAUCAAGAAGAGCUGACAGAGCUACACAAGAAACGAGGCGAGUUGGCCCAAACUGUGAUUGACCUCAACAACCAAAUACAACAGAAGGACAAAGAGAUGCAAAUAAAUAAUGCAAAGAUUGCAGAAUAUUUGCAAAAGAUAUCUGAACUGGAGACUGAGUGCCAGGAUCUGCGCAACAAGCUACAAGAUCUUGAACGAGCCAAUCAGACUCUUAAGGAUGAGUAUGAUGCUCUCCAGAUCACCUUUACUGCUCUUGAAGAAAAACUUAGGAAAACUUCUGAAGAUAACCAAGAGUUGGUAACGCGUUGGAUGGCAGAGAAGGCUCAAGAAGCCAAUCGGCUCAAUGCAGAAAAUGAGAAAGAUUCAAGAAGACGACAAGCCAAGCUUCAGAAAGAGCUAGCAGAAGCAGCAAAGGAGCCACUGCCAGUAGAACCGGAUGAUGAUAUUGAAGUGCUGGCAGAUGAAACCUCUGAUCCAGCUGAGGAUACCUCUCCAGUGCGUCCUGUCACCCGGACAGGCAGUAAGCGACAUUCCCAGCCAGCUGGAGGCCUUCUGGACUCUAUCACUAAUAUCUUUGGUCUGUCUGAGUCUCCCCUUUUGGGACAUCACUCUUCUGAUACUGCCAGGAGGCGCUCUUUGUCCUCAUAUCCUGCUCCUCAAAAUAACGCAGAUGUACAUCCAGGUGCAAGCAAAGAGGUGCGAGUCCCUACCACUGCAGCGUGUGUCUUUGAUGCUCAUGAUGGGGAAGUGAAUGCGGUGCAGUUCAGCCCUGGCUCUCGGUUACUGGCAACAGGAGGCAUGGAUCGGAGAGUCAAACUCUGGGAAGUCUUGGGAGACAAGUGUGAACUUAAAGCCUCCUUAUCUGGCAGUAAUGCGGGCAUAACGAGCAUAGAGUUCGAUAGUGCUGGUUCUUAUUUGUUAGCAGCUUCCAAUGACUUUGCCAGUAGGAUCUGGACUGUGGAUGAUCAUCGGUUACGGCACACGCUGACGGGGCAUAGUGGGAAAGUCUUGUCAGCCAAAUUCCUAUUGGACAAUGCACGCAUUGUGUCUGGGAGUCACGACAGAACCCUCAAGCUGUGGGACCUGCGCAGCAAAGUCUGUAUAAAGACAGUGUUUGCAGGCUCUAGCUGCAAUGAUCUAGUCUGUACAGAACAAUGUGUAAUGAGUGGACACUUUGACAAGAAAAUUCGCUUUUGGGAUAUUAGAACUGAGUGUGUAGUACGGGAAAUGGAAUUGCUUGGUAGGAUUACAGCUCUAGAUCUCAACCCAGAGAGAACAGAGCUUCUCACCUGUUCUCGAGAUGAUCUGUUGAAGAUUAUUGAUCUCAGAGUCAAUGCUAUCAAGCAGACUUUCAGUGCCCAAGGGUUUAAGUGUGGGUCUGAUUGGACCAGAGUUGUAUUCAGCCCUGAUGGAAAUUAUGUGGUGGCUGGCUCAGCCGAUGGGUCACUCUAUAUUUGGAAUGUGCUCACAGGAAAAGUGGAAAGAGUACUCUCCAAGCAUCACAGCAACUCAAUCAAUGCUGUGGCAUGGUCACCAUCUGGAGCCCAUGUAGUCAGUGUGGACAAAGGAAACAAGGCUGUUCUGUGGUCUGAAUUUUGACUUGAAGGCGCAAAAAAAAAGCAUGCCAAAAACCUGCAUGGGACGGCAGUGGUCUGUGUCUGUCUGGACAGGACAGAAGUCCCACGUCUGGCUCCAGGCAACCAUUUUUUGCUCAGUGCAUAAGCGUGACUCUAGGAAAGAACUCCUGAUGCAUCAACCAAGGAAGAAAAGCCCUUCCCAUCUACCGUAUGUUGCUGGCCUUCAACAUUCGAAAAGGAUUGGGUGCAUUGGGUGGAGAACCAAUCUUUUUAAAGAUGUACUUUCUGUGUCCUUGCAAGAAUACCUGCACCACACAGCAGUGCCAAACAGUUCUUUAAACAAUUUUCUUCAGCACCUCAAGCUUCCACAUGCUCUAGCAAAGUUUCUGUAUAUCCUGAGUUUAUGGAUGUCACCUGUGUUCUCUUCUGUGGGCUAGCUAAGAUGGGAAGUGAAAGAUCCUAAAACGAAGUACGAGUGAGGUCUCAGUUGUAACCUUAUUUGAACAAGCCCACACAUUUCGUGUUGAUGGAGCUUCUGGAACUUACUCAGUCACAGCUCCCUGUAUCCGCUUGACUUGUAGUAGAGGGAAUUGUCAAUUUUUCCAGGCACGUUGCAUUCUCCAAAGGCUUUCCAGGCAGCAGUGGUACGGAAGCAUUUUAAUUUGACCCAGUUUGUCUUGGGUUUUAGUGGUGGGAUGGAGUGAGAAGUACUGCUGCUGUGAUGAAUGUAUGACUAGCAUGACUUCAGCACCAAAGCCAAAUACAUGGUUACUUCUGCUUCCCAGCCGUCCUUCUGUACUGGAGCUUCUCAAGCACAGAGGAGUUGAGGGAAAAUAGAUACCUGAAUGUAAAUGUUUUGGUGCUGGCGAAUCCAGAUCACUUGCCUCUGACUAAAUGUGCAAUAUUAUUCCUGUGUUGGAGCCUCCCCCUCUGCCACAGAGCAAGCUAGUUGGCCUGUGUCCCUUGGCAUUUAAAUGCACCACAUGGUUUUGGUAGGACUAACUUGUGGCAUUUGAACAUCCAUCCAGCCAAACACUUCUACAUCCAGUGGGCUGUGAGACAAGCCACCAGCAUUUAAUUGCCUUUUAAUUUGCACUUUAAUUUUGCUUCCUUCCUAAGCUUAUUUUGUAGGGAAGUGUUUGUAUUGAAGGGCAGAGGUGAUAAGGAAUUUGUUAUGUCCGGGGUUCUCAGUAAGGGAUCUCUUUAUUUUGACAACUUCUAUAGAGGAAAAUGAGAAGUACACAGGACAAAUCUUAUUUAUUGUAUUAAUCCGCCCACUAGUACUUGACUGAUUAUAAAUAAACCUGUGUCCUGCUUCUAAA